AUGAGCCAGGCCCAGUGCACGGCCGAGGUCGAGGCCUGGCUCGUCCGCAACAACUUCACGGAGCCGCAGCGCGCGCACUUAUUACAACAAGUCGAUGCGCUGAGCGACUUCAGCGAAGCGGUGGACGAGGACAUCCCGGCGAUCACGGCGGGCUGGAGCUCCCUCGCGCGGAGCAAGCUCCGGCGCUGCGUGGCAAAGCUCUGCGCGGAGCGCGGCUGGGAGUGCAAGCUCGCGGCCGCGGCGCCGGCGCCGGCACCAGCAGCACCCACCGCGGAGAUCACGCCGGCGCCGUCGCCGCCCCCGCAGCGGCCGAUCCCGCGCGGGCGGCCGCCCAAGAAGCAGAGGAAGGCGGACACGUCCGGCGACGCCGCGCUCGCGCGGCAGCUCGCCGCGGCCGAGAGCCCGCGGCGCGCGCAGCCGCCGAAGAAGAAGCGGCCGGCGGCAAAGCCCGCGCCCAGGCCGAAGAAGAAGGCAAAGCCGCCCGCACAACCGGACGACGACGCCACGGCCGGCGACGCGGAGCUGGCGCGGCGCCUGUCGCUGGGCCUGCCCGUGCGGAGUGCGAGCGGCGCGGUCUCGAUGGCCGUGUGGGACGUGCCGGCGGCGGCGCUCCCGAGCCGCCGGCGGAGCAGCGGCGCCGACGAGCGCCACCGGCGCAUCGAGGCCCGCGUCCGCUCCAAGAUUCUGCCCUACCGCGGCGCGCGCAUCAAGUUCGCGACGCCAAACCCGAAGCAGAGCCUCGCGUCGGAGCACGGCAAAAAAUCGAAAAGACGCUACGACGCCUACAUGGGCGCGACGACGGUCGGCGAGUUCCUCUCGUGCGGCGGGCGGCCCGCCGACCUGUGCUACGACGUCGAGCGCGGCUACUGCGAGGUCACGGACGCGCGGUGGGCGGCGGCGGUGGCGGAGGAGGCCAAGGACGAUGAAGCCGAGGAGGGCGCCGGCGCGGCGCGGCUGCGCGACGAGCGCUGGGCCGCGCGCUACGACGAGGUCUGCUGGGCGCGCGAGGGCGACGUCUGGUGGCCCGGCGUCGUCAUGGACCCGGCGGCGAUCGCCGGGGCCGCGGCGGCGCGCGCGCGGCGCGAGCAAGGGCAGCGCUACGCCGUCUACAACUUCGGGGUGGACUCGGCCGAGCAGUUCAGCUUCGCGGCGCCCGGUAAUUUGGUGGGCUGGGCCGAGGGCCUGCGCGCCGGCCACGGCGCGCCCCGGGGCGGCAAGUACGGGCGGCUGCUGCCCCAGGCCGUGGCCGAGGCCGAGGCGGAGCUGAGCCGGCAGGAGGGCGCCGAGGAGGGCGCCGGGCCGCUCCCGAUGCCGGCAGGAGGAUGGCCGGGCGCUCCCGACGACGACGCGGAGGUCGACGCCGCCGCGCCCGCUGAGGCUGCUGCGCCGACAGACGGCGGCGACGACGCCGAGGUCGACGAGGUCGACGACUUUGUGAUCUCGGCGCGCGCGGCGCCCGCGCCCGCGCCCGCGCGCGCGCCGCGGCCGCCGGCGGUCGCCGCGCCGCGGCCACCGGCGCGCGCGCGCGCGCGCCCCAGCUCGCCCCGAGCGUCGUCGAUCGUCGACGGGCUGGUCGACCGCGGCGUGCGCGUCAAGCGCACCGGGAAGCCGCGGACGACGCAGCGCGCCGCGGCGAUCGAGCGGGCGACGACGGCGCGCGAGUACGUCGACCGCGGCGGCAGGAAGCAGGACCUCCUGUACGACCUGAAGAACGACUACUUCCGCGUCGUCCGCGAGGAGGACGUGCCGGAUGGCCUCGCCUGGCUGCCGCCGGGCGUCGUCUUCGACCGCGAGGUGCGUGACGCGGGCGGCCGGUGGAACUCCUCGAAGAGUAGCCCGUACCACGCGACCGUCGUCUGGUGCCGCUGGCUGCCCGACUUCGAGCUGCGCGACUCGGCGGGCAAGGUGACGCGGGGAGCUUGGCAGGUGCAGUGGAAGCACCGCGGCAGCCGCACGGUGUCGCACGUCCCGAAGGAGGACGUGCGCGUCCGGGCCGCGGCGCCGGCGCCCGCCGCGGUGCCGAACCACGCGCUGCUGGUCGGCGCGACAGCGCCUACGCCGGCGCCGGCGCCGGUGCCGCCGCGCCCGCGAGCACCUCCGCCCGCGGCAGCGGUAGUGGAUCUGACCCAGGACGACGCGGCGCCGCCCGCGCCCGCGCCGGCGCGCGCGCGGAGUCCUCGCGCGCAGACCCUGGGGCCCUGCCGCCCGGGCGUCGAGGGGCCGAAGUCCAUCUUCACGGCGCCCACCGGCCCGCGCCGCGCCCCGGCGCCCGCGCCCGCGCCCGCAGCGGCGCUGCCGCCGCUGCCGCCGUUCGACCCGCUCGCGACGGCACCGGCACCCGCCGCGCCCGCCGCGGACGACGACGACUGGCGCCGGAGGAUGCUUUGAACGGAGAGGACCGCGCGGCGCGCUCCACGCAAGACCCUCCGGGGAUGCAGCCCUUGCUAGCGCCUCGCGGUUCUCGGCCCAUGCUGUCGUCUGCGGGCGGCGCGCUUCCCUCGCUGCGGGGUUGCAGAGUCUGGGUCAUAACUACACUACCGAGUG